AUGGACGUACUUGAAUUACCUCGACCUGUCAUUAAUUUUCUUCGAACAAUGGCCAAAGAAAGUUGUCGUUAUGCCCUUUCAUGGGAUAUAUUUGGUGGACCUGAUUCAGUAACACUUACAUUAACAUGGAAACUUAUUGAUGAAGAAGUACAAUCAUCGACGAUUAAUGAAGCAAUAUCAUCACCACCAUCAUCAUCAUCAUCAUCAUUAAAACAACAACAACAACAACAACAAAACUAUGAUAAUCCUCAUCCACGUACACGUUCAACAAUCAAAGAGAGCAAUAAACCAUCAUCACCACGUCGUUCGCGUCGUGAUGAAAAUACUUCUAUGAAUGAAAAUAUUUCUGUACCGGCUAUAUUUCGUUCAUCUCGAGGCAAAAGUCUUGAAGGUAGUUCUAUACAUUCAAAUAAACAAAUUAUUUCUCAUCAUCAACAUAACCUAAAAGAACAACAACAACUACAACUACAACAGCAUGUAUCCAGUUUAGAACGACAAACAAUAACUAAUCAUCAUCAACAGCAUCGAACAAAAAAAGAACAACAAAAACAAAUACCAACACAGUCAGAUCAAAUCUAUGGAAAUCUUUAUGAUAUACGUUCAACACCUGUUGCUAAAUGUACAACUAUAUCGUCUUUAUCGAGUUCUUCUCCAUCACCUCAGCCAAACAAUAAUAAUAAUAAUAAUAAUAAUAAUAAUCCACCUUUAUCCGUCGCUUAUACUCAUCAUCAACGUACUAAACAGCAUCAACAACAACAACAAUCUGUAACACCGCCCAUCACUCGAAAACCUAUACGUUCAUUAUUGAAUACAUCUCGUACACCAACAAUACCGAUUACUAGUAAUACAUCAUCAAACUAUGCAAAAUUGAGACGAAAUAAUAAUAUAACUACCCAUGAUAAUAAUAAUGACGAUGAUGACACACUUGAUCCAUGGGUAAAACGUUUUGAAUGUUCAUUUGAAGAUAACGAUGAUGAAACUACAGAACAAUCAGAAGACAAAGAACCUGUUUCUACAACUACAGAUAAUAUUGAUGAAUUGGGAAAUACAUCUGGCAAAGUUAAAUUCAAGACAAAACCUGAUUAUUUCUAA